AUGGAAGCGAAGCUUGUUUUCUGCACCCACUCCCUCAGGGAGUCGCCGUCGAGUCUCCCAUCGGCUCUGAGGGUCGAUGGCAACUCCGUGAGCUUCAGGUGCCCCCAGCCCUUAAAGGAUGCCGGCUUCCCAGUCGGCGAUGCCUCUUUCAACGUGGAUGCCGCGCUUGACGACCCCCAGUCAAGCAAAAUUGUACAAAAGACCUUUUCUUCCGCUGCCUCGGAAUUCAUUCAGAAGCGCAAGAACUUGGUGGUAUUCAGUUACGGCGUGCGCGCAACUCCAAAACGGCAGUUGAUGUACGGUUCCAGAUCUGGUGAGGGUUACGCGGCGAAGGUGAUCGCCGAUGCUGUGCAGGCUGGAACCGGAAAGGGCAUUUUUGUUCUCUCUUGCUACGCCAUCGGUGUAUCGGAACACCUUGCCGAUCUUCUGAAUGCCAACAAUGAACUGGGAGUUGUUGUCGACUCCGUGAAGGAGGGGCCCCGUGUUCGAAUGAUUGAGCGCCUUCGCGUGUCGUCGGCUGGAGAUGUUCGUUCAGCUAUGAACACUAUUGUGAAGAACUACGAGAAUAUGUUUGCCUCAGUGCUAUGUGAAAAACAGCCAACACCUGAGCUUGAAGCCCUCCCCCCUUACCUGCCUGACACAAUUGUUCUUCAGCUGUACCGCUACGAUGAUGAAGAGGCGUUCAACGAUUACAUGGAUGCGAACUCCAUGACUUUUAUUUCCCUGGGGGAUGCUGAGCGGCCUGUUCUCUGUGGGAUUGAUGGACCAAUGCAGCAGCUGUAUGAAAAAACACAGCGAACACUGGUAUCGGCGACUGGGAUAGUCUCCAGUAUUCGUUGCAGCCGACUGCGUAUUCCGUUUGGAAAGUCAAAACUGAGCCAGUUGCUGCGUCGUGCGUACAACUCCGAGAAGGGAAACCCCAACAACAGCCUCAACGAGUCGACAAACACAGCUUUCAUUGUCCAUGCAUUCUCGGACGCCGUGUGGGCUGAAGAGUCCUACCACGCUCUUUCCAUGACCCGGCGCGUCAGCAGUAUCCUUGGCUCCACUGGUAUUGGCUCUAUGACGCGUGAUCUCGCCGUUGACAAAUGGCGCCUUGAUCAGGACGUGAUGGAGUUGCGGGACGAGCUCAUCAUUGCCCGCACUGUGUAUGACUACAAGCCGUGUAUCUAUGAACAGCCGAAGCCUAUUACGAAUAUACGAGAGGAGGAGUUGAAGCGAAUCAACGCCAUUCAAUCGAAGCGUGAAGAAGCGCGUGAAAAGCAGCUCAGCUUGGUUCGUGAACGUGCCAAACAUGAUGCCGACAAAAUGAUCAAGGAACUUGAGGCAAAGACGGGGACCACCUUGGCGGAGUUGGAGAAAACACUUGAGGCCAAAAAGAAGGAGAAUGCCGCCCUGCAUGCAGACCGCGAGAAACGCAUCAAGGACUACGAGCAGACGCUGGAGAAGAUUCGAAAGAAGAAGCAGGAGGAAGAGAGUGUUGCUGAAAAAUUGAAGGAGGAAAUGCUUCAGCUCGAGCAGGAGCUUAAUAUACGCCAGAGUGCUAUUGAGGGUAAACAGAAGCAAUUGGAGAUGAUCCGGCUCGACAAGGCAAAGGGACGGGAGGCUAUCCUCAAGGAGAGGCAGUCCAUCCAGGCGAUGCGCAAGACAGUACUGGAAGAGCGGCGCCGUCAACGGAAACAGUGGAUCAAUCAAAUCGAAGAGAUCAAUGCCAAGGUGCUUGAACAAGUACGUCUGCUGGCUGAGGAGAGGAAAAAGAACGGCGAGCAAGCUACAGCCAAAGAAGACGCAGCUGAAAAGUCCGUCAUGGCGGACAUCAAGACAGUCGAGGAAUAUUUGCCGAAACUCAUCUCCCUGGAGGACAUCCCCGUCAACCCGGAGGAAACCGAAACCAUCCGUCGCCAAUUUGAUGAGGUCUUCGAACAGGAAAAGCAAACAUACCUUACAAAGAUUGAAGAGGAAAAGUCUCGCAAGGAGAAGCUGGAGCGCGGUCUCGAGGCAUACCGACAGCGCUUGCUCGAGGCUUACCAAGCCAAGAAGCAAGAAAGGAUUCACGAUGCUGCGGCCAAAGAACAACACCUCAGCUCUCUUGUGGAUCAGGUGCUGACGUACUUGCGCAAUGGUAUCCGCAUGACAAAGAUCUCAAGCAGAGCAAAUGUUCGCCGACGCUUCUACUUUCUCUCCGAGGAUUGCAAGCGUAUUCAUUCCUGUGAGCUGGAUCACCAGGGAGCGCCCAUAAGUCGCAGGAAGCCUCCAGUUACUAUAUGGAUAAAGGACAUCAAACGUGUUGUCGUUGGCCUCUACACAAAUUCUUUUGUGAACUUCAGCAGCGAAGCACAACUGGCAAAAGUGCGCCCAGAGGCUGUUACUGACAGUGGGACGUACCGCCACGAUCCCACGCAAAGUAUUACUCCAUCUAACCUCGGUCUGAACAACUACCGCGCGUUUGCACUUCUACUUCGUGGUGAAAAGUCAUUGGAGGUUGUUUGUGAGACAGACAGCGACUGUGAAGCCUGGCUUGUUGCUCUGAAACGCCUGCUUCACUUCAAGACUCCGGUCGAAAGGAUCCUUGAAGAACGGCUUGCUGUGAUGAGGGAAUCGCAUGUGCAGCCAAACGACAACGCUGUGGACAUCAGGUGGGGUGGCUCACUUGACAUUCGAAAUAUGCGUGGAUUUGUUUCCUUGUCCCCCGAAGAGGCAUCACUUUGCAGUGAGAACCAUAUUCCUCCUGCGCUCUUCCUUCGUGUCAAGCAGGAGAUGUCCGAGAAGUCUCAGAUGAACACAAUCACUGUCUAUGAUAUUCGGGUCUCCUCAGGUUUGGACCUGUUUCGCUCUGGCCAACUUUACGACUACUUGUGCGAAAAGCGUAUCGUUCCGCUGCCGUACUAA